AUGAGGCAGGGCUAGGAGACUGGCCAUCAAUACAGGCAGAGGCUGCAGGAAUUACAAGACUGGGACUUACAAAUCCAAUUCAAAGAAUAAGUAUGGGAUUCCUUGGGACCUUAUGUAUCCUGCUAGUCUUCACAUAUCCCCUAUGCCUGGCGAGAUAUACACCCUCAGACUCGGAAUUCUCAGUUGGGAGUGGUGAUGGUGAUGGUACAGCUAUUGCCUCUCCUACGCAUAGCUAUGAACCUGGUUUUACAACGGGAAGCCCUGGAUCCUACUCAAAUGGAACAUCCACAUCCUUCAACAUCCUUGACAGCAUAACACAAUUUUUAAAAGAGUAUAUGCUGCUAGUCAUUGUUGUAGGUUCCUUAGCUAUACUGAUGAUAUUCAUAGUCUGUGCUGCAGUAAUUAUGAGUCAUAGGCACAAGGCCUCUGCCUACUACCCUUCCUCCUUCUCUCAGAAGGAAUACGUCAACCAAAAUGACAAGUCUGGUGAAGCCAAAGCCUUUCAUGAAAUCCCUGAAAAAGCUCAAGAUGCUAAGACCGAAGAAGUAGUGGAUUCAUCCAAACAGCUCCAGGUAGAUAUUCUCAGUGCUGCACAGAACCUCAAAUCUCCAACUAAAGGAGCUAGCAUCAAGGAAGACCAGAAAAUACAACAUGAGCCCAAACAGACACAGGAGGAUGUCCUUGUUAAAGAAAAUAUGGAAGAAGCCCCCAUUUGCAACCCUAAAGAAGAAUCUCCCACUGAGAAGAUGGAGGAGACAGCUUCUGAGCAGGUAGAAGAAAUUCCAAUAGUUAAUCACCAGGAUUCCGCACCAAUAGAAGGUAAUCAAAAGACCCAGGAAGAGGUAUGUGAAAGUGUGGUUGGAGCAAACUCCACAUCGUGUGAGGGUAACCCAACAUAUAACAACUCUGCUGAGGGACAGGAGUCACAGCAGAGUUCAGACACGUGUACCGUUUAAUCUAAGGAAUGUUAAACUCAAGGAACUGGUGUUCUUCUCAAUGAAAAGAAAAGUUAUGGAGUUAUACAUGUAUACAUCUAUCUGUGUAGUCAACUACACCAAAAAAAGAAGUAGAUUUGGUACCUUUCAGAAUGAAGAUGGCCCUGAUGGCCAAUUCAACGUCACUUGGAACCACCAACUGCCGAAAGUAUUUUUUAAAGUUAAUGGUACUGACAAAAAAAGAGACUGUUUCAGAUAUUGUUAUGGAGCCAUGUUUUACCUGGGCCACAUAUCCUCUAUAUAUUCAAAAGUGAAACUUAACAGAACGUAUACAUCAUAUGUAUCAUGAGAUAUUUUUUAGUUUUGCAGCAGGAAACUGGAGAAUCAUUGUCUCAGUUAAGGUAGACCUAGAAAUAGC